AUGGCUUGUCCUCAAGCCAUGGAUCUUCCUAGAAGAAAAUCAGAGGGAUAUGGAUUGCGAUUGGGCGGCUCUAAAACGGGAUAUCUAUGGGCCAAUUUCAGUGAGGAGAUUCAUGAGGAGGAAGUAGCUGUAUGCAUUGCGGAGGCCCGUGUACUACAAACGAAUACCCUUAAAUAUUUGAGUUCUAUCAUUCAGAGUAAUGGUGAUAGUUCUGCUGAUGUGACUCAUCGUAUUUUGACAGGAUGGUUACGCUGGAGGGCUACUACUGGUGUGUUGUGUGACAAAAAUGUACCGUUGAAGUUGAAGGAUAAAUAUUAUCGGGUGGCAAUUGGACCGUCAUUACUAUAUAGUUCUAAGUGUUGGCCAUUGCGAAAAGUUCAGGAGCGUCGACUAGAGACAGCAGGAAUGCGCAUGUUGCGUUGGCUUUGUGGUAACACCAUGACGGAUCAUAUACCGAGUGUUACUUUUCGCCGCCUUUUAGGUGUUGAGUCUAUCUCUAAGAAAAUAAGGGAUGGACGUUUACGUUGA